AACCAAAUAUUCUUUGCUUGUUUGCCCGCACGACUGCCGUCUUGGAAAUGUCAAAAUAUUAUCAGCCUCGCUAUCCUCAAGUUGCCAUGAAUACUAUUUUCCUUCUCUCCAUUGUUUAAGAACUCAGACCUACAAUCACAAGUCAUUGAAUAUGUGACAUGUUGCUCAAAUUGUCCUGUUUCUCAGCUCAAAGUAAUACUAUAGAGCAGGCUUAGUAAGCUGUAUUAGAUUCUUGAUGCAUAAUUUUAUAUAUAAUGUACAAACUCUAUGACUCAUUUGCUCCUAAAAGUUUGUCCUAGAUACCUGUCAAUAUGGCCAUGCAAAGACAACUCCAUACAUGCUGUUUGAGAUUGGAGAAGAAAUCAACCAGUGGUGAUAAUCUGCCUACCCUUGUUGAUUUCUAGAAGGAACAUGGCUGGCAGUUGUACUAUCAUCAUCAAUAAUAAUAUCUCAAUUGAGUGCUGGAGAAAGAAACUUGAAAGUAGAGGGGCCAAAGGAUAGUAAAGGGUCUCUUCAUCUGCAGCAGCUGGUUGGCUUUUGGCUUAAUGACAAUAGGUAGAGCUUUAAAUGCUAAAAGCUAAAAGUUGUUUUUUCUGAGUCAGAAGCCUGUCUUGGUAACAUGCAAAUGGUCACAGAGAGUACAAUUAUGGGGUCACCUAAUAAGCUGUAAAAUAAGUUGGGCCCUAUAUUUGCCUACUUGCUAUCGAAUCUGCCCAUUCAAUGUGCUUUGUAUCUUUCUUUCUUUCUGACUUCAAUCAUCACCAAUGGUAAUUUCCAGCUCAUUUUUUACAGCUUAAAGUGGUUGCUACUGCUGAGCUGACAAGUAUUUGAUUGAGAAAUUCUGGCGAGAGACAUGAAACUGGAACUCAACUGGAUUGAAAUAGUUAAAGUAUGUGUUUCUUGUGCUACUAGUUGUGAACCCAAUUAAGAUGAUUUAGAGUGCUUAAUGAUUGGGUUCCCGUUGUGAACCCAAUUAAUGAUUAAAUCAUACAAACAGGUCGGACGAAAUCCGUUUUGAAUUAGAAUUUCCUCAAUUUGUAUGAUAAAGAAAUAAAUCCAUGGAAUAUUGGUCUUAAAACUCACUAAUUGUCAACCACUUCCCUAGAAAUCCUGACUCGUUUUUCAUUGUUUCUCAUCAGUGUUCAAGAAAGAAACAAUGGCCCAUCAUCAGACCCCCACAGGAAAACCUUGGAAAGAAGCAAACACAAACAUCCACAAAACGUGUUAUUUUAUGUUUGAACUUAGCUUCCCGCCAAGGCUAAUAAGCGGUCGGCUUUUCACUGUUCCAUUCACAAACUAAGUGAAGCAAAGCAUAUGUACUUUCCUUCUCCACAAACUUGUUCUACGUCAAUAAAACUCCUUCCCUGAUAUUUUUUCCAAUAUCAAAAUUGCAUUAGAAUUUAGAAGGAAUGGAACUGGAAUUAGGACUUAAGCUUACCAGCAUCGCCGAUGAAUUCACCUCCGAUUUCAAGAUCGCCAAAGACCGUGCAGGCCCUCUUUUCUUGUCCAGGGAAACAGAUGCCAUGUUCAUACUCACUGCUCAUCUCAAGGGGUACAAGAGAGGGAACAUAAAGAUCGACAUAAACGAGGAUGGGACUUCAAUAGCAAUAAGCGGUGAAAGGCAGGUGAAAGAGACUGUAAUGGUGGGGUGGAAAGUGUACAAGAAAGAUACAGAGACUAAGGGAUUCAAGAAAGUUUUCAGAAUUCCUGACGGGGUGAUUUUGGACAAGAUCAAGGCCAAGUUUAACGAGGAUGAAUCAACUUUGACGAUUACAAUGCCGAAGCAGGUGAAAGGAAUUCGUGGGACUGCAAUUGAGGAAAUUGAGGAAAAGCAGGAGCUUGUUAAAGAAGGCACCGGGAAUUUACAGGUUGUGGAUGAAAAGGUUCAAAAAACAGGGACUUUGAACCAGGAGAAGGAUGAAUUAGGACAGGCAAGAAAUGGAGAAGAAGAUAGAAAUGAUGAAAUGCCUUCUGAAACAGAUAUUAUGGAACACCCUGUUUCAAGGCAGAAAGAUAAGGGACACGAAGAAGAUCUUAACGAGUAUGAAAUGAUUGAGACAUCACCAGGCCUGGAAACCAAAAUCCAUAAAGAAGAACCAGAGACACAGAAAACAGUGGCUGAAAUCCAGGAAAUAACCGAGCGUCAACAAGAUCAAGAACUUGAGCUUGCUGAGUCUUUGGGUACGACACAAUUGGCAAAACAAGAUGAACAGGUAAACAACAAUCAAGUUCCUGAUAAAGCAGAUGAUAACCAAGAAGAAGAAGAAGAAAAAGAAAGGCCUUCUGCCGAUGAACUGCAUGAAGAGGUUCCAGAAACUCAGCCUGGAACGGUACAGGAGGGGGAACACAAGCCUCGGGCAAAAAGGUGCAAAAUGUGUAUUCCCCUUGUUGCUGGGUCAACUAUACUUCUGUCGUUUGUGGUGUUUGUUUUUCAAAUUAUGAGGAGUAAGAACCAAACUAGCAGGAGGAAAGAUUGAUGAAUACAAGUUAUGAGUCAUCCUGGAAGUCAGUUACUUGUCAUGGCUAACAUACUCAAUUUCCAGAGAGCCUUUCAAAUUUGUACAAGAAUUUGUUUGUGUAAGAUCACAAGAAGUUGAAAAUUGAAGUUCAAUGAUUUUCAAAAAAGUGAAAUAACUUGCUUUCUUGUAUUCAUGCAAAAAGUUUUCGGUUCAUAUAGAGG